GCCGCCUCUGUGACAGGCCGUGUCACGUGAGCAGCCUCGCCUAUGAGGUCGCCGGGGCUGGGUCGGCGAUUGUCCCUUCCCGGGCCCCGUCCCGGGUCGGCGACUGCCCCUGUCAACCGGAGCCUGAGCGAUCAUGGCAACGGGCUCGGGCGGGGAGCGCGUGGCAGCGGCGGCGGCGGCGGUUUGGUCGCGGGCCGGGGCGGCGGAGCGGCGGCGGCGGCGGCGGCACUGGCGCUGGCACCGGCCCUGAGCGCCAUGCUGCGGGGCAGCCCCGAGAGGGAGCCGGCGGCCUGGUGGGAGGCGGAGGCCGCGGCCGCGGCCAAAGCGCAGGCGGCGAAGGAACAGGCCCGCGUGGACCCGGGGGCUGCCGGGGAGCCGGAGCGCAAGGCGGGGGGCGAGCAGCCCAAGGAGCCGGCCCCGGCGCAGCCCCGCGCGGCCGAGGACGGCGACGCCCGCGUCCCCCAGCGGCCGCCGCCCACGCUGCCCGUGUACCGGGGGAAGCCGGCGCCGGCGCAGAGCCUCUGCCCGCACGGGAAGUCCAGGAGCAAGGGCCGCAGCUGUAAGCAGAGCUCGGACCGGUCCGAGGAGUACUGCUGUCCGCGGCCCGUCACCGUGGACAGCUCCAAGGCCAGGACCUCCCUGGACGCCCUGAAGAUCAGCAUCCGCCAGCUCAAGUGGAAGGAGUUCCCAUUUGGCCGACGCUUGCCUUGUGACAUCUACUGGCAUGGAGUUUCAUUUCACGACAGUGACAUAUUCUGCGGUCAAGUGAACAAGUUUCCAGGCAUGACGGAGAUGGUGCGUAAAAUUACUCUGAGCAGAGCGGUAAGAAUCAUGCAGAAUCUUUUUCCUGAGGAGUACAACUUCUACCCUCGCUCAUGGAUUCUGCCUGACGAGUUCCACCUCUUUGUGGCUCAGGUUCGAAUGGUGAAAGAUGGGGACCCCUCCUGGAAGCCCACUUUUAUUGUGAAACCUGAUAGUGGUUGUCAGGGUGACGGAAUCUACCUCAUUAAAGACCCCAGUGACAUCCGCCUGGCAGGGACCCUCCAGAGCAGGCCGGCGGUGGUCCAGGAGUACAUCUGCAAACCUCUCCUUAUCGACAAGCUCAAGUUUGAUAUUCGUCUGUACGUCCUCCUAAAGUCCUUAGAGCCCUUAGAGAUUUAUAUAGCCAAAGAUGGACUGUCGCGGUUUUGUACAGAGCCAUAUCAGGAGCCCAACCCCAAAAACCUGCACCACAUCUUUAUGCAUUUGACCAACUAUUCACUGAACAUCCAUAGCGGUAACUUUGUCCAUUCGGACAGUACUAGCACAGGCAGCAAAAGGACUUUUUCUAGCAUUCUUUGUAGGUUGUCUUCCAAGGGUGUUGACAUCAAGAAGGUCUGGUCUGAUAUCAUCUCCUUGGUGAUUAAGACUGUCAUUGCCCUGACUCCAGAACUCAAAGUGUUCUACCAGUCGGAUAUCCCUGCAGGGAGGCCGGGGCCCACGUGCUUCCAGAUUUUAGGCUUUGACAUUCUUCUCAUGAAAAAUCUGAAGCCUAUACUACUUGAAGUCAAUGCAAAUCCCAGCAUGAGAAUCGAACACGAACAAGAACUCUCUCCAGGGGUGUUUGAGAAUGUCCCCAGCCUUGUCGAUGAAGAAGUGAAAGUGGCUGUGAUCAGAGACACACUGCGUCUCAUGGACCCACUUAAGAAGAAAAGAGAAAACCAGUCUCAGCAGCUUGGGAAGCCAUUAGCCUCAAAGGAAGAUCCUUCUGACAGCGAUCUGGUCAGCGCCUCGGCCGGCAGCGCCAAUCCUGAAGCCCACCUGCCCUCCAUCUGCCUCAAGCAGGUGUUCCCCAAGUAUGCAAAGCAGUUCAACUACCUGCGCCUGGUGGACAGGAUGGCAAACCUGUUUAUCCGGUUCCUGGGAAUCAAGGGGACCAUGAAGUUGGGACCAACAGGCUUCCGCACCUUCAUAAGGAACUGCAAGCUCAGCAACAGCAGCUUGUCCAUGGCCGCCGUGGACAUCCUCUACAUUGACAUCACGAGGAGAUGGAACUCCAUGACCAUGGACCAGCGGGAUUCAGGGAUGUGCCUGCAGGCCUUCGUGGAGGCUUUCUUCUACCUGGCCCAGAGGAAGUUCAAGAUGCUGCCCCUCCACCAGCAGGUGGCCUCGCUGAUCGACCUGUGUGAGUACCACCUGUCCCUGCUGGACGAGAAGCGCCUGGUGUGUGGCCGGAGUGGCACGCUGGGGAGCCGGCCCCCUCACAGCGGCACCCUGCAGGAGGCCGCCCCCGCCGCCCAGCUGGCCGAGGGCCAGCCCCCGCCCUGCACGAACAGCACCCCCAAGCGCUCCCAUUCCAGACACGCUCUGUCCUGAGGGCCGCUCUGUCCUCCCAGAAGACCACUGAGCCCUUCAGGGCCCAAGAGACCCCCGGGCUUCCUGCCGGGAGAGAGAUGGCAGGGAUGCUGAGAAUCCCCACCUGAGGUUCCCGCUCAUCGACUCCAUGUUCUGCUGAGCUGCGCUUCUAGAGGCUGCCUGAUUCUCGCCGCCCUCCUCCCAGCGCCUCUUGGUGGCCCACCUGCUUGCAAGCCUUCAGCGGACAUAUGAUAUCCAAAACUUGACAGAUGGCCUCUUCUAUUCUGGGCUCGUGGGAAGCCACAACCGGGGAUAAAACUGCUGUGUUUGGGGCAGGGGGCACCAACAACCCCAAGAUGGAGAGCCGUGGAGAGGAAGGAACUUAAGGCAGCCUAGUCUGGGGUCUGCUGGGGCCCCGGAGACAAUAUGGUUAGAGCCCAGGGACAUCAUGUUUAUUUCCUAUCGCCCGUUCUGUGAAAAUGAAGUGGAAAUAUCCAGGAGGCGUGCGUGACUCUCCCACCCCCAAUCAUGUGCUACGUGGGUGUGGUUAACAGACCGACCUCGUUGAUUUCACAAGCUUGCCUGAUGGCUGCGCUGUUAUUCAUUAAGAUACGAUUAACUAAGAGGUGACCGAGGAAGGCUCCUGGAGUCUCAGAGCUGGCAGGAGCCUCCGGUCAUUUUGUCCCAUUUUGUUUGACCUUGACCCCAAAGCAGGAGACCCCCGGUCACAUAGCUUCUGACUGGAGCUCUGCGUGGGUGGGGUGCUCGCCACGUGUGCCCAGAGUGCAGGGUGCCCCGGGGGAGGAGGGGAUUUCAGAGAGACGGAAGGUAAGAACGGCGUAAGGAUCAAAGUGAGUGGGAGCUUGAUGUCAGAGGUCGGGGAAAGGGGAGCCACACCCUCCCAUCCACGAGACCCUUUCCUUGUCCACCUGUGUCUCCAGGCAGCCCCCUCCUCAGAGGGGAAGCUUCAGAGGCACCCAAAGGCAGCACUUUGGAAAAUGGCCGCAGGCAAGUCAGGGUCCAGGGGCCGCUGACCACAGGCAGACAAGAGACUGCCCUUGCAAAGCCAAGCUCUCCGGAGUGCUGUUGGAUUUGGGGUUAAUGUGGCCCUUUCGGGAGGGUCCUCAUUAAAGGACCCUGGGGACCCUGGGAGGAGUUUUGACCACCAGGCUCUGAGUGAGGAGGAUGAAGGGUCUUUGAAGGCAUUAAUUAGCACCGUGCCUGGCACACAGUAGGACUCAGAAAAUGCUCACAGGUGUAGGGCAGGGGGAAGGUCAUGGGUGGCAGAGGUGCGUCCUAGACCAGCACAGACAUCUUCCUUCUCCUGCUUUUCUUCUUCCUCCUCACAUCCUUCCCUGUCUCUGAUCCAAGUCCCCUUCACUCCAAUCGGUGGGAGCAGUUGCCUCAAGGUCCAACACAGAGCCUGGUACAUCGUAGGUGCUCAAAAAAUGUCUGUUGAAAUGCAUGGCUUAGAAUCACCCUCCAAGGAAUAUUUUUCAACCCAAAGAGAAGAUUGUUAAUCCAAGAUCGCUCCAACUGUUGGCGAGUUAUUUGGGGGGGGCGGGGCGCUCUGUGAAUCCUUUCUUGACGUUCCUUCUGGCCAGAAGCCCCCUCCCUCAAGAGGUAAAGCCUGCAUCCCCCCCCGUAGGAGGGCUCCCAUGCAUGCCCGCAUCCCGCCGCCUCUCCCCUCCUGCUCUUGGGGGCCCAGGGCAGACCCAGGGCUGCAGCCCUUCCCCAGCCCAGAAGGCCCCAGCAGUACCCGAGCUCUGCAGAGCCCACACGGGGCUGUUAGGUGACAGGAGACUGUGUCUUUCUAUAAAGAGAACAAAUGUCUCUAUUUUCCUGGCAAGAAAGCAAGCCAGGUGGCCAAAGGUGGGAGGGGCAGGAGGAGCCCAAUGGGCAACAAGGGCCUCCCCAAUGGGGACAUUUUAGAGGUGCCAUCAGCUCUGUUUUCCAGUCAUCAGGGGCAGUUUUGUAAUGCUGUGCCCGUUUUCAGAGGGAAAACAAGGCCUGGGAGGUCACGUAGUAGGUCAGGCCUUGGUCCAGGUCAGUCGGUCAACUCCACAGCCCCAUCCCCUCUGUGUCCCCGGUGAGUGUGAAUCCAGCUCCAGACACAGACCACUGGUGGGUCCUCCCUGUUCUGGGGCCACCCAGGUCCCCCAGGGCUCUGUACACUAUCACACCAUCUGGUGUCAGUGUCCCUAGAUGGUCCACAGUGAGAAAAUGAGUUUGAAGUCCCUGUGCCCAGUCUCCUGGGCCCUGUAGCCGCUGCAAAUGGAUUUCACAGCGAACGACCCAAGUGAAUGUGUCCCCGCACACUUGUUAGCAGCUGGGAGCAGCAAAGCGUCUUUUAGACAAUGUUCUAACGUUAUACCAUUUCUUGAAGUCAGUUUCCAGAAAGCAUUCCCUUGCCAAAAUGGGAUGCAGUCGUCAGGUUCCAAAGCAACCAAGCACAUUGAAUCUCUUAGAAAAAAAAAUUAUCGAUAGGCUGAAUUCCAGCCACAUUGUUUGGGGUGAUAGGUGAAUAUCAGCUCCCAGGAUGAGGACCGUCCCCUCCGCACCCCUUGCGUGUCAUCUGGAGGCAGGUUGCCGGGUGGCCACCCAGGGUCGCUGUCUAGAAGGAGCCCCUCCAGGGCAGACAGGGCCUGAGAAGCCCCGCAACCCUUGGUGAGUGUUGGAGAAAUGAGGCUGCCGUUUCACGGGAGGCUAAUAAGUAACAGAGCAGGCCCUCUUUUCUCAAUGCCAUUGAACAGGAAGAAUCAGAGGCUGCUUCAUUAGUAGAGUGAGUGAUAGGAAACUUCCGCCACCCCCUCGUGCCUAAUAGGAAGUCCCACGGUGUUUAUCCCCUUGGGUAAUUGGCUGCUUGUUUUGUAGGGUGUAAUUGAAGUGAUCGCAAAAGCAGGCGUUUCCUUCCUCCUGGAAGAGAGAUGCUCCGUUUGGAGCUGGGUUCCUGUGCUCUGCCCGUGGGAUCAGCCCAUCCCUGAGGUGGGCCCUCCACCCUGGCCUCUUCUUCCCCACCUCCUCCUGCCCUUCCUCCCCCUCCUACCGGUGCCCCGACACAUAGCCCAGCCAC